UGGGGUUUUCCCGACGGAUCCGGCGAUUUUCCCGACUUUUCCGUCGUCAGUCGGUUAUCUGAUCGUCGGCGGGAAAGCUCGAGAGUCGCCCGGAAAAUCGGCCUUUUACCAUACAUUACAUCGCGCGCGAUUCCUGCAAGUUUUCCCGAUGUGUCCGAGGCGAGUUUAGGACGUACGAUGGCUGUAUAACAUUCACGCUAUCUUCUCGAUGACUGCGGAGGAACUUGAAGGAUUUGCCAGGCUUUAAUCGUUCGGAAAAAUGACCAUACUGCAUUCCUACUGCUGCUGGAGAUCCGUGAGAAAAGGCAGCUUCGCCUGCGGAGCUUACACUGCGAUCCUAAUUAUCAAUAAUUACCUUAUGAUAUUCCUCGCUCUGAUCGCCCGAUCGUUCGCCCAAUCCUGCUCGAUGGGCGACUCCUGCAACGCCCAGCCCGACGACGAGGACGACGAGGACGACGAGUGUCCUUUGGACAGGACCUUCGACAUGGAGCCGUACGCGGAUUGUCCGGGUUACGCGCAAAUUCCGCCGCCCGGCGUGCUCGUCUACACCUCCGGGAAGAGGAUCACGCCCGAGAGGCAGUGUCGCAGGUGCGAUUUGAGGCUCAACGCGCAAAAUACGGGGGUGUACGUCAAGUGCUGGCAGUGCUACGGGAUGCCCAAGAACGAGAAGGCCAGCUGGGGGAUCUUCCCCAAUAGGGGGGCUUGA